AUGUCGACUGCGGAGAAGCUGGGCAUGACUCAGCAACUCGACAGCAACUCUCGAGCUGGCGAAGUUUCGCGCCUGGGGUACUCGGGCCUCUUUUAUGCCGACGGCUCUGAAGGUGUUCGUGGCUGGCCAUACGCCAGUGCGUACGACCAGGCAAACAACGCUGCCGCGAGCUUUGACCGUGACCUCAUGUAUCGUCGCGCUGCUGCCAUUGGAGCCGAGGCUAGGGGCAAGGGCAUCAACACUCAGUUUGGACCGGGCGUCAACCUCCUCCGCCUUCCCGAGGGUGGACGUGGCUUUGAAUACUUCGGUGCGGACCCAUACCUGGCCGGACAGGCCGCCGUGCAGCAUGUGACGGGUAUCCAGUCGCAGGGUGUUCAGGCCAUGAUGCGCCACUACAUCAACAACGAGCAAGAAGACGGCCGUACUUGGGUCAACUCUAUUUUGGAUGACCGCACUGCCCACGAGCUCUACCUGUGGCCUUUCCAAGACGCUGUUCACGCUGGUGUCGUCUCAGCAAUGUGCUCCUACAACGGAAUCAACGGAACAUACUCUUGUGCCAACCCUACCUCUCUUGGAAAGUGGCUUCACGAGGAGCUCAACUUCCAGGGCUACGUGUUGUCCGACUAUGCCGCCAUUUAUGAGGGCAUCGAGAUCGAUGCGGCCAACGCGGGUUGCGACACUGUGAUUGGAUUUGCUCAGCCUCAAUAUGGCGCAGCCGCAACGAGUUAUACUUUCCCAUGGGGCGUCAACUCCACCCUCUCGGCAGCGGUGGCCAACGGCUCUGUUUCUGAGGCACGCCUCACUGACAUGGCCACGCGCAUUGUUGCGGCCUGGUACCAGGUCGGCCAGGACAAGAAAUUCCCUGCUUUGAACACGAAUGCCAAUGUGCUUAAGCAGUCGACCAACGAUCUCAUCCGUGAGCUUGGUGCAAAGUCUGCUGUUCUCCUCAAGAACACCGGUGUUCUGCCCCUUCGCAACAUCUCGGACUUGUACGUGUUUGGCAACGCGGCCACCGUCAACCUGGAAGGCUUCCCCCUGCCCGUCGGCUUUUCAUUUGCUAUCGACGAUGAUCAGGGAACCUACGCCGGUGGCCAGGGCAGUUCAUACGCCAACCUGCCCUACCUCAUCACCCCCUUCGAGGCCCUCCAGGCCCGUGCUCGCCAGAGUGCCUCCCAGGUUUUUGGCUACUUUAACAACUUCAACCACACCAACCAGGCCACCUACGCUGCAGCUGCCCAGGCCCUUGGAGCGCCCUGUAUCGUCGACGUGCGUCAGCAGUGCUCUGAGGGAUAUGACCGCCGCAACCUCUCCGCCUCGUGGGAAGGCGAUGAGACAAUUCUGGCCGUCGCGGCACAGUGCGCCAACACGGUCGUUAUCUACGCGUCCUGCGGACCUUUCAACGGAACGGCGUGGGCCAACCACGAGAAUGUGACUGCGAUCAUCAACUCUGGUGGUGGUGGUCAGGAAUCUGGUAAUGCCCUUGUGGACGUUCUCUAUGGCGACGUCAACCCCUCCGCCAGGCUUCCUUACACUAUUGGCAACCUUCGCUCCGAUUACCCUGCUGAGCAGGUUGCUGCCAGCUUGGUGGCGCCCAACACUUCUUUUGUCGACAUCACACCCCUUUACGAGUUUGGAUACGGCCUCUCCUACACGACCUUCCAGUACUCCAACCUCAAGGUCCAAACCACCGGCAGCCACCUCACUGUGAGCGCCGGCCCUUCGGACUCGUCUCUUUACGACACCAUUGCCAAGGCGACCAUCACGAUCAAGAACACUGGUUCCCGCGAUGGCACUGAGAUCCCCCAGUUGUACCUGGGUUCACCGGCCGACGGCGCCCCAGUCAAGGUUCUGCGUGGGUUCGAGGCUGUCGUGCUCAAGAGCGGAAAGUCAUCAAGCGUGACAUUCAGUCUCACCCGCCGCGACUUUUCGUACUGGGACACGGCCGCGGAAAAGUGGGCCCUCCCCACUGGCGCGUUCACAGUCUACGUCGGUGCCUCGAGCCGCGACAUUCGCGCCAACGGGUCGGUCUCGCUCAGCCUUGCUUGA